GAGCCGAGCCCGUCCGAGCCGGCACCUUCGGGCGUCCCUGUCCCACGUGACUGUCGCCUCCUCCCUCCUCCGAGUCGCGCGCACGGGGCCGGGCGUCUCGACUCCCGCGCGCGCUCGACUGGUCCCAGUCCCCGGGAGGAGAAGCGGAGGAGGGAGCCAGCGAGGCGGCCCGGGGGAGCGGGCGCGAGCGGCGGCUGCCGGGGCCGCCUGUGCACCGCGGCGAGGGUGGCGGUGGCCUGAGCAGCGCGAGUGUGAUGAGGCUGCCCUGCCUCGCUGCUCCGCUCGCCGCCAGCUGACAGCGCCUGCCCGCAGCACGCCCGGAGGGGGAGCCGCGGGGCCGUGACCUUGGCCGAGGAGGGCAGACUGAUAAUCCUUGCAACGGAGGGACCAAGUUCUGGGUGAAAUGGCCCAGGGGAAUAAUUAUGGACAGACCAGCAACGGGGUGGCAGACGAAUCACCCAACAUGCUGGUGUACAGAAAGAUGGAAGAUGUCAUAGCACGCAUGCAAGAUGAAAAGAAUGGAAUUCCCAUUCGCACUGUCAAAAGCUUCCUUUCCAAGAUACCUAGUGUCUUCUCUGUGGAGGCUCUCCAUUUGGGAACGCUAAUGGCUGCCCAUGGCUACUUCUUUCCCAUCUCAGAUCACGUCCUCACACUCAAGGAUGAUGGCACCUUCUACCGGUUUCAAACACCCUAUUUUUGGCCAUCAAAUUGUUGGGAGCCAGAAAACACAGACUAUGCUGUUUACCUCUGCAAGAGAACAAUGCAAAACAAGGCAAGGCUAGAGCUAGCAGAUUACGAAGCCGAAAGCCUGGCCAGGCUGCAGAGAGCAUUUGCCCGGAAGUGGGAGUUCAUUUUCAUGCAAGCAGAAGCACAAGCAAAAGUGGACAAGAAAAGAGACAAAAUUGAAAGGAAGAUUCUUGACAGCCAAGAAAGAGCAUUCUGGGACGUCCAUAGGCCUGUGCCUGGAUGUGUAAAUACCACAGAAGUGGACAUUAAGAAGUCAUCCCGAAUGAGAAACCCGCAUAAAACACGCAAGUCAGUCUAUGGUUUACAAAAUGACAUCCGAAGCCACAGUCCCACCCACACACCUACACCAGAAACCAAGCCUCCUACAGAAGACGAGCUGCACCAACAGAUAAAAUACUGGCAAAUACAGUUAGAUAGACAUCGGUUAAAAAUGUCAAAAGUUGCUGAUAGCCUACUAAGUUAUACGGAACAGUACGUAGAGUAUGACCCAUUUCUUGUGCCACCUGACCCUUCCAACCCCUGGCUCUCGGAUGAUACUACUUUCUGGGAACUUGAAGCAAGCAAAGAACCAAGCCAACAGAGAGUAAAGCGAUGGGGUUUUGGCAUGGAUGAGGCAUUGAAAGACCCAGUUGGGAGAGAGCAGUUCCUUAAGUUUCUAGAAUCAGAAUUCAGCUCAGAGAACUUAAGAUUCUGGCUGGCAGUGGAGGACCUGAAGAAAAGGCCUAUCCGAGAAGUACCCUCUCGAGUGCAGGAAAUAUGGCAAGAAUUUCUGGCUCCUGGGGCCCCCAGUGCCAUUAACUUGGAUUCUAAGAGUUAUGACAAGACCACACAGAAUGUGAAGGAACCAGGACGAUACACGUUUGAAGAUGCUCAGGAGCACAUUUACAAGCUGAUGAAGAGCGACUCAUACCCCCGCUUUAUAAGAUCUAGUGCCUACCAGGAACUUCUACAGGCAAAGAGAAAGGGGAAAUCUCUCACAUCCAAGCGGUUAACAAGCCUUGUUCAGUCUUACUAAAAGGAUCAUCUUUGUGACAUGAAAGCUGAAUGGAGCCAUCGCCCAUACCUUGUAGCCCACUGCUGUUACCUGGAGCCGAGGACGUUAGACCAAGAUGUUGCAUGAAUGAAGGACCUGAAUUGUUCUUUUCUGUGUGCACAUUAAGGCAUCGCCAUCGCCAAGGGACUCUGCCAUCUCAUUGCCUCCGUCUCCACCUGUCGUCUGCUUCCCUUCCUCCUCUUACUAAGCUGGAUCUGUGUCUUUUCCUUUUUUAACCAGUUCAAGUGAAGUAAAACUUGAUUUCCCCCUCCCCUUCCUUUCUUUUUCUUAAAGCUUCUGCUAGAUACACAGUUCACUGAAAAUUCAGUCAGUCACAAACUGGAAGAGUUGUAAAAGAAAAAAAAAGUAUAUAUCAAUAAGUAUACACAUGGCUUCACAUUUAUUAAAUAAAAUUAGCCCAGAAGUGUCAUUUCACCCUUGUAUCCACAGUCUGAAACGAAUGCCUAUCUUCGUCUAUUCUCUGGACAUUGUCUGUUCAUGUUUCUUGUGUUUAUUUUUAUACCAUAUUUAAAUGAGAAAACACCUUUUACUCCAAAUGUAUCAAAGUUGACCUCUUCUCUGUAAAUUUGUGUAUGUUUAUAUUGUUGUUUUAUCUUUCAUUAAAAGAUGCAGAAUCUCA